UCAUCAGCUUCAUCACAGCCAUUGACGAACCUCAGAUUGAGAAAUUGAAGAGAGAUAGAGAGAGAGAGAGAGUGAGUGAGUUUUAGAGAGAGAAAGUGUGUGUUUUGAGGAGAGAGAAAGAGUGUGGCGUGAGUUUGGAUUUCAGUGCUGUUUGCUUCUAAUGAUGAUGUGAAAAAAGUAGGAAUUAGGGUUUUUGUGAGGCAUUGGAUUUUUGAAAAAUGUUGGGUCGGAAUCCACUAUUGCGGACCGGAAGUUUUCGGCCGGAGAACCUAGGUCAAAAUGCUCUUGCAAUGAUUACCAACCUUGGUUUCACAAUUUUCGUGGUUGGGGUUUUGAUUUUCACCAUUAUUGCGGCUACUUAUGAACCAGAGGACCCUUUGUUUCAUCCUUCAACCCAGAUCACAACUUUUCUCACAUCCACAUCGAAUGCCACUUUUAAAUCCGAUAACACUGUUGUUAAGACCGGCGAGGAUUUUAUGGCUGCGAAUCAGACUGCAUUUGCCACUUUUAUUAAUAUUACUGAUGUUGAUAAUGAUGUGCCUGCCACCGCCAGUGUUGAAUGUGAGGUUGAUAAACCCAUCGACUGUACAGACCAGGAGAUUUUUCAUGUGAUGAUGAAGGCCGCGAUAGAACAUUUUAAGGAUAUACAUUUUUACCGGUUUGGUAAAGCUGUUGCUGGAUUGAAUGAUAGUUCUUGCCACAUGGCAUGGCGGUUUAGACCCAAGGAAGGAAAGACUGCAGCUUUUUAUAAGGACUAUCGGAGUUUUGUGAUUUCCAGAUCCGAGAAUUGCACUCUGAGUGUUAUUGGGAUUGGAGGAUACCAUUCUGGAGGGAAUGCGAGGAAGAAGAAGAAGAAUCAGAAACCAGGGUUUGAGAAGAAGCCUAAAAAGCGAGAUCUGAACCCGGUUUCUCUGCCAGAAGUUGGGGAAAUUGUCAAUGAUGCUCUGCCUGUGGUUGAAUCAGAGGGUUCAUUUAGCCGGGGGCGGUACUUGAUUUAUGUUGGAAGUGGGGAUAGAUGCAAGCCCAUGAAUCAUUACCUGUGGAGUUUCAUGUGUGCUUUGGGUGAAGCUCAGUACUUGAAUAGGACACUUAUUAUGGAUUUGAGUAUUUGUCUCUCUUCAAUUUACACCUCAUCACAUCAAGACGAAGAGUCGAAGGAUUUCAGGUUUUACUUUGACUUUGAGCAUCUAAAAGAGUCAGCUUCCGUGUUGGACCAGGCUCAAUUUUGGACUGAUUGGAAUAAAUGGAACCAGAAAGAUGGAUUGAACCUCCAUCUUGUUGAGGAUUUUAGGGUCACUCCCAUGAAGCUAUCUGAGGUUAAGGAUACUUUGAUUAUGAGGAAAUUUGGUUCCGUGGAGCCAGAUAAUUACUGGUACAGGGUGUGUGAAGGUGAGACAGAGUCGGUUGUGCAACGACCUUGGCAUCUGGUAUGGAAGUCUAAGCGGUUGAUGGACAUAGUGUCUGCAAUUGCAUCGAGGUUGAAUUGGGAUUUUGACUCUAUUAACAUUGUGAGAGGAGAGAAGGCUAGGAACAAGGAGCUCUGGCCUAGACUUGAUGCAGAUACUUCACCUGAAGCUCUGAUCUCGACCUUGCAGGACAAAAUUGAAGAUGGAAGGAAUCUUUACAUUGCCACUAAUGAACUGGACACAUCAUUCUUUGACCCUUUGAAAGACAAGUAUUCCACUCAUUUUCUUGACGAAUAUAAAGAUCUCUGGGAUGAGAACAGUGAAUGGUAUUCAGAAACAACAAAGCUUAAUAAUGGGGUUCCCGUUGAAUUUGAUGGUUACAUGAGGGUCUCCGUUGAUACGGAAGUGUUCUUGAGGGGGAAAAAGCAGAUUGAGACUUUCAAUGAUCUCACUAAAGAUUGCAAGGAUGGUAUUAACACCUGCAGCUCGGCCAGCUAAUUCCUAUACUUAAGGUUGAAACAUUCUUGCUGCUAAAUUUGGGAAUUUCCACUUGUAUCUUUAGUUUUAUUUGUCUGCUUUAUAUAAAUUUUGGUAUUAAUUUGUAGUUUGGAAUUUAAGUAGCAUUCCUAUGUGCCCUGUAAUUCUAGACAAACAAUCGUCAAUGUUCUGUUACUUGGUUUUCUAUUGAAGUUAUAGCUGCAUGUCAAUUUUCUGUUUGAUUUUACUCUCAUGUACCCAGUCAUAUGAUAUUAAAUGAAGAUGAAGUUUGUUCUGAUA